AUGGCGGACGUCGACCCCGCAGCCACAGUCUCUAACACAACCCCAACCACAACCUCAAACGAUCCCCCUCCCCCUCCUCCUCGACCAACCUUCAACCGCGACCGUAACAUCAAAUACUGGCUUCGCUGCCUGCGCACCCUCCUACCCACCGAAUACACUUCCAACGACCUCAACCGGACCUCCUUAGCUUUCUUCUGCGUCAACGGUCUUUCCAUUCUCGGCGAACUCGGUAAUCUUACCAAACCCGAAGAACGUGCGCAAUGGAUAGACUGGCUGUACAGCUGCCAGCUCUCAACCGGUGGAGGUUUCCGCGCCUCUCCCGCGACGGAUAUAAAGGAACAAUUAUCUGAUUCGAACCGUAUUUGGGAUCCCGCGACUCUUCCGGGCACAUUCUUCUGCCUGAUCACACUACUCUCGCUCGGCGACGAUCUAACGCGUGUUACUCGCGAAGAUACGUUGGAAUGGUUGGCUACGUUACAACGUGCCGACGGAAGCUUUGCGGAAAUGCAUAGUGGUAUAGAUGAGAAAGAAGAUACUGCGACACGAGAUCCGAGGUUUGUUUACCUUGCUGCGGCGGUACGGUGGUUGUUAAGAGGUGAGGAAGGUAGUUUAUCGCGUGAGGUGAGGGAUAUCGAUGUCGACCAGGCAGUACGUUAUAUUCAAUCUUGCGAGGCAUAUGAUUAUGGAUAUGGAAGCCGUCCGGGCGCUGAAUCCCAUGCCGGCCACACAUUCUGUGCAAUCUCAGCCCUGUCCCUCCUUGACCGCCUCCACCCACCUAAAAAACCAGUAUCGUAUCCAAUUGGCCUUCCGAACCCCUCUAAAACUUUACAUUGGCUUCUAUCUCGUCAAAACGCACCUACAGACCCCGAAUCCUUUGACUCAGGUUCUCAUAUCUCCCCACCACCCCCACCGUUCCCACCAUCGGAUGCACAUAACGGGUUUAACGGCCGCGAUAACAAGCGUACAGAUACCUGUUAUAGCUUCUGGGUGAUUGGUUCUUUAGAUCUACUGAAAAAAGCACAUCUUGUAAAUUCGGAGAGCAAUCGCGAGUAUUUACUUGAAGACACAGCGCAUCGAAUCGGCGGGUUCGGGAAGUGGGCUGGUGCUCCACCUGAUGUCCUGCACAGCUGUCUAGGAAUGGUUAGUUUGGGUAUCUUUCGCGAGGAAGGUAUUAAUCGAGUAGACAGCGCACUUUGUACGGCACUACAGACGAGGGAACUAGUUGAGAGUCUAGGUUGGAGAAAGAAGAGGAUAUGA